CGCUCCGCAACCCCCCCCACCCCGGGACGCGGGCUCGGACAGCGGGGCUGAGCCGCCGCGGAGCGUCCCCGCCGCCUCGCUCCCCGCUUCCCGCGCCGGUGCCCGCCAGGGGUCGGCGAUGGCGGAGCGGCUGCCGCCGGCUCCCCCGGUGAUUUUUUGCCAGGGCUCCCCGAAGCGCGUCCUGGUUUCCGUUAUCAAAACCACCCCGAUCAAGCCCUCCUCGCGGGGGGGCGGCGAGGAGCCGGUGGCCGCCCCGCCCGUCCCCACCAGCCCCGGCUUCAGCGACUUCAUGGUCUACCCCUGGCGCUGGGGCGAGAACGCCCACAACGUGACCCUCAGCCCCGGCGGCACCGCCGCCCCCUCGGCCCUCCCGCCGCCCCGCGGGGGAGCGGGCAGAGCCCCCGCCGGGGACGAAGAGAAGGUGGGGAGCCCGGGCGGCAGCGGCGGCGGCAGGCACCGGCACCUGAAGGAUGGGAUAAGGCGCGGCCGGCCGAGGGCAGACACCGUCCGUGACCUGAUCCAUGAAGGAGAGCACUCUUCCAGCAGAAUACGUUGCAAUAUCUGCAACAGGGUCUUUCCACGAGAGAAGUCGCUGCAGGCCCACAAACGAACUCAUACCGGUGAAAGGCCUUAUUUGUGUGACUACCCAGAUUGCGGGAAAGCCUUUGUUCAGAGUGGGCAGCUCAAAACUCACCAGCGUCUCCACACAGGGGAGAAACCUUUCGUCUGCUCCGAGAAUGGCUGUUUAAGCAGAUUCACGCAUGCAAACCGUCAUUGCCCCAAACAUCCAUAUGCCCGACUGAAGAGGGAAGAGCUCACAGACAGGCUGACUAAGAAGCAGACAGCUGACAAUAAAGCUGUGGCUGAGUGGCUAGCAAAAUACUGGGAGACUAGAGAACAGCGUGCUCCUGCUUUGAAAACUAAAACAAUCCAGAAGACGGAUCAGGAACAGCAGGACCCGAUGGAAUAUCUUCAGUCUGAUGAAGAGGAGGAUGAAGAGAAAAACAGCGCUCAUUCAGCUGCCUGCCGCCGCCUCCAGGAACAGCGUGAGCGCAUGCAUGGUGCGCUGGCUCUCAUUGAGCUUGCAAACCUAGCUGUGGCACCCAUGUGACAAUACAUAGGAACAGAGUCUGCCUAUACAAAGCGUACUUCCUGGUGGUACUUAACCAGUUAGAUCCUGAGCAUAAGCUAAGCACCUUAUUUGCUUAUCAUAGGCUGCUAUUCUGUAGAAUUUAUGAAGAAUGUUGUUGCCCCAUAACAUGGGGUGAGAGAAUUGCACUUUUUGUAAGGUAAAAGACAGAUGUAAAGUUUCUAAGUAUUUUGUAAAUACGGGACUGCAUAAUGCAGGGUUGACAAAUUUACGUGUUGUGGGGAGCUAGAUUUUGCAAGGUUAACUCAUUUAUUUUGAAGCAGUUUUCACAGGAAGCACUUUCUGAACAAAGUGUUCGCAAUUAGCAGAAUGGUACACGUGGCCAAAGAAGGCUGGCAAAAAGAAAAGUAUUUAUCUGGCAGUUUAAGCAAAUUUAUAUUAAGUGAUAGGGCUGAAGUUAUGGUUAAGCAGUAGUGAAACUUUUUCUAAUGUCAGUAUCACUGAGUUAUCUCAGCUUAUCUCAGAUAUCAGUUAUCUAAGCUUAGUUAUCUCAACCUGUAGAGGGGAAGAAACUGCUUCAUGCAGGAAACUAAGAUCUGACUGCUCAAGGUAUGAGGCUUGACUUUGCUGUUUUAAGUUUUCUGAUUUGAUUUCAGCAGAAUUUCUUGGUAGCACUUGUUGUUCCUAACAUGUGACGUUAGGAACUUUUGCACAUUUUUGGGUUUAUCUGAAAAUGAUUAGUCUUGCAAAGUCUAGACAAAGGUAAACAAUUGGUAGUAUUUUUUUCAGAUAUUUUUGGACCCUGUAGUGAUUUGGCACUUGAUUUUCUUAUUAAAGGGGAUAUUUACAGGGUGGUAUGGAUUUGUAGUAAACUAUUCUAGAUUUCCUAUUAGCAAACACUAAGUUUUGAAGUAUUGCUUUUAUAUGAUUAUUAGCAAAUAGAAGCCUCCGUACUUUCUGUGCAUAAAGCCACCUUAUUGCUUUACUUCAGGAUAACAUGCCAAUUUUGUCUUCACUAACUGUAGCACAGCUAUCAAUUAAACACUGCAUAAGAGUAUUCACUAUACAACUAGAAAAUAGGCUUCCAAAGAUAGCUACAAGCGUGUUAACAGUGUGAUUUCAUGUAUUUCCCAAAUAAAUGAAGUUACAGAAUGCUGCGUAGUACUCAGAUGCUGAUAUAAAAUGUUUAGCAGUAUAUCUUGUCACUUCGUGAAUGUUGUAUACUUUCAAAUAGCAUUGUCUCAUGGUGAUAUUUUUCUGUAUUUUGCUUUGAAGGCAACCAGAGAGUCCUAAUAUGCUAAUGAAACUUUGUUUUCAGAUAGAACUUUUUGGUGUGGGUUUUUUUUUUUUGGGGGGGAGGGGGCAGGGCGUUGGUUGGUUUUUUGUUUGUUUGUUUGUUAAGCUACUGCUAUAGGGGAUAUUAAUAAUUUGUAUUUACUGACCUGCUUGCUUUAACUCCUUCCUCUCGUUGAAGGUUAAGAGAUUCAGAUAAGAAGGGAAGCCACUUUCCCUCUCGCUUAAACAAGAGGAAGAAAUCAUUUUAUCAAUCACUUGUUAUAGACUGACCAGAUGCAUACAGCUAUUCCAGAAAAGUAGUGUUAUUUUAUACCAGCAACUGCAACUGUUGGAUUAUGUUCUCUGAUAAUUGAUAACCUGUUAUGGUUGAAAAUCUCAUUAACCCAGUUUGUUUAAAUUGAGUAUCGAUGCACUUAACUAAAGAGUAAUUGAAUAACUAAAAAAAAAAAAAAAAAAAAAAAAUCACUUUCAUGGAAUGUAAAUAAUUUUGCAUGAGUGAUACAGUUUAACUUUUGCUUUCGGCUCCUAAACCGAGCUGCUAUCAGUCUCAUUUGUUUCUGUUUUAAGUCUUUUAGGCUUAAAAGUAUGAAACUCUGUAGUCAUUCUAGGCUUCCUAGCCUAUGUAAAACUGGUAAUUUGCCUGUGUUGGUUUGGAGUUUCUCAAAUAAGUUGCAUGCUUUUCACUGUUCAGUUGGCCUCAUGCAAAUAAGUGUCAUUCCAGAAUGAGCCCAGAGCUCACUGUUGUACUUCUGAGUCAUCAGUCAGAUUCACUCCUGAGUAGUAUUUCACAGGGCACAAGACUGUGUAAUUGCCAGCCAGUUGCAGGCUGGAGUCAUAAUCUUACUUCAUUAGGAUUGAUUUUUUUUUUUAAGUUGUUUUUUUCCCAGUCAGCUGUAAUGCUUCGGGCAAUUUGCAGCAUAUUUCUUCAAGUAUGAUGAGUACACUGAAUUGUACUUGGCUGUAGACAGAAUUCAGACAGCUGAAGCAGUUUUGUGUUGUGACAAGUUUUGGGUAAAAUACCAAGUAAAAAAAAAAAAAAAAAUUGAGGUGUGGAAGACUGCUUUCUGUUUUAUGAAGAAGUGAUUACAUACAAGAAAUGCUGAAGUAUUCAGUGCUUCAAACGAUUGAAGUUGUAGUUUGGCAUGACUUAACAGCAGAAGAGUGGAUAUGCUGUCAUUUUAAUAGAUGCUUUGAAUAAAAACGUGGUCCAGUUUUCAA